AUGUUGCCUUUAUUUAUUGAUUUAUUCUUUCUUUUUUCUCUUCAAAAUAUUUCUUUCUUUCUUUCUUUCUUUCUUUCUUUCUUUCUUUCUUUCUUUCUAUCGUUUCCAAACACUAUGUUGCCUUUAUUUAUUUAUUUAUUUAUUUAUUUUUUCUUUUUUCUCUUCAAAAUAAUUUUUUCUUUCUUUCUUUCUUUCUUUCUUUCUUUCUUUCUUUCUUUUUCUUUCCAAACACUUUCCCAAAUUCUUUCUUUUUCUCUUGUAUCCUUUAUCUAUUUAUUUAUUCUUUCUUUCCAAACGCUAUGUGUCAUUUAUUUAUUUAUUCUUUCUUUCUUUCUUUCUUUCUUUCUUUCUUUCUUUCUUUCUUUCUUUCUUUUCCAAACAUUAUUUAACUUCAUCCAUUCAUUUACUCUUUCUUUCUUUCUUUCUUUCUUUCUUUCUUUCUUUCUUUCUUUCUUUCUUUCUUUCGUUUCCAAACACUAUCUUGCCUUUAUUUAUUUAUUUAUUCUUUCUUUUUUCUCUUCAAAAUAUUUACUUUCUUUCUUUCUUUCUUUCUUUCUUUCUUUCUUUCUUUCUUUCUUUCUUUCUUUCGUUUCCAAACACAAUGUUUCCUUUAUUUAUUUAUUCUUUUUUCUCUUCAAAAUAAUUCUUUCUUUCUUUCUUUCUUUCUUUCUUUCUUUCUUUCUUUCUUUCUUUCUUUCUUUCGUUUCCAAACACUAUGUUGCCUUUAUUUAUUUUUUUAUUCUUUCUUUUUUCUCUUCAAAAUAA